UUUACCGCUUUCUUUGAACGCCCCAUCGUUUUAUAAAAGUUGUUUAAUGUGGUUUUUUCUUUAUAAAAAGGACUUCUACUCCCCCCCCCCUCGCCUUUUAACGAACCCACAAGCGUUCAACUUGCAAAACAAAAAACGUACGCAAACAUGGGCAAGGCUUUCAACACUCCCAUCCCGCAGAAACCGUCGUCCUCAGUCUUUUCCAUCUCAAAGCUCGCCUAUGUGGCAUGUUUCCUGGGUGGUCUUCUUCUUGGAUGUCAACAAUACAACAAGUUUACGCAACAACAGCAAGAAUCCUUGCAAGAAGUAGUAAAACCUGUUGCGCAGGUGGACGCUUGGGACACUCGGCGGUACUACCCAGAAGACUUUGAAAAGCACUUUGGGCUGCGCUUGAUCCAUCAGCUCGAGGUACCAGACUCCCUCAAAAAGUACGUGGAUGCCCACGAUAUCCGCAAGGACCCUACCUACUCUCAGAAUAUUGAACUCAGCGAAGCGUACGCUCGCGUCUAUGGUCCUUUCCUCGACCACGUUCACGACGAUGAUCGUAGGAUUUACGUGAAAUGGGCCGGUCCAGAGAAGCACUUUGGUGUCUUUGCCGACACUUACCUUCCUCCCAACGCCUUUAUUGCAGAAUACUCUGGGAUCUUGACGAAUUCCUCGUUUUCCACUGAUUACGAAUGGGAUUACUACAGUCACGAUAUCGUGGACGACAAUGGAAACGUCCUCAAAUUGGGUGUCGAUUCCCAACUGGUUGGCAACAUUGCCCGGUUCGUGAAUCACGACGAUGAUCCAAACUGUGGCAUCGUCUACGUGCCUUGGAGGAACAGGUGGAGGUUGGUGUACGUUGCCAACAAGGCCAUUUUCCCUGGCGAAGAGUUGAGUAUUUCCUAUGGACCUAAUUACUGGGAGUCGCGCUCGGAGGUAGUCAAGGUUUAGAUGAUGGGCUUUUUUUUUUGUAGAGAAAAUAUGGGGACAUUAACAAGAGAGACUGUAUAGGUAGUUUAUGUUUUUUAGCUACAUCCUCUCUGUGUGUAUUGUACAUUUGCUCGUAUAUUGUAUAGGAUCCUGCACAUAGGAGAAACUUUUUGUUUACGCAAUUUGAUGGCCAUUGUCGCCAAGAUUUCAAACAGUGCAAUUGAAUUUUGAGCUUGCAA